AUGUCCUCUAAAGCAGUUAUUUUCGAUAUUGGUGGAGUUUGUGUUGGCUCUCCAAUGGCUGGUAUUCAUCGAUUCGAGGAGCAACACGGGUUGCCUAGAAAUUAUAUUAAUGUUGCUAUCGUGAAACAAGGUGAUCAAGGCGCUUUCCAAAGACUCGAGAGAGGUGAAAUUAAGUUACAUGAAUUUUAUAAAGAUUUUAGUGAGCAACUGUCGCAUCCAUUGAAUAAGGAACAUUAUAAAGCUUAUCUUGAAAAAUCUGGAAAAGUUGUUCCUGGCAUGAUUCCUGAUAUUACCAUAGAUGGCAAAGCGCUGUUUACCACUAUGAUGGCUGAAACUGCCAGAAUUGACCCUCAUGUCUUUCUUGCUCUUGAAAAACUAAAGGCAAGUGGCAAGUUUAUUCUUGCUGCUCUGACAAACAACUUUGAAUUACCUGAAGAUGAUUUAAAAGAAGCUGAAGCUAUGGGCUCUGCAGCGGCAGAUAAGCUUCGUUCAAUGUUUGAUUAUUUUAUAGAGUCCAGAUUAGUUGGCUUGAGAAAACCUGAUCCAAAAAUAUAUCAGCUUGCCUGUGAAAUGAUCGGCAUUCAGCCCCAUGAAGCUAUCUUUCUGGACGAUAUUGGCAUGAACCUCCGUGCUGCUAAUAAGCUUGGCAUUAAGACUAUUCAUGGGACAUUCAAUAGACGCAGUGAAGCAGUUGGAGACAUUAACGGGUCUUGA